UCGACCUUCAGGAUACUUCAUCUGCAGCCACACACACACACGCUGCUACUGCUGCGACUGAGUUUCUCACUCUCUCUGUCUCACACACACAGAAACUCACACAGAAAGGGAUAUAGAGAAGAGAGAGAGACAGAAAAAUAGCAAGCAGCCCUUGAGAGUAGGGCUUCACACUUUUUAUUGAGGCCUGGUGACAUGAAGAACUCUACUGGGAUGCAGAACUCCACACCAGUCUGAUUGAAUGGCCCCCUCUGUAGCAGCCAUGACCCCAGAGCAGCUCCUGGGCCCGCAGGUAUGCAGUCCUGUAGGGGAAAUAAAGGUCUUGCCUGAGGAGGAACGAGGGGAGGAGUCUGACCCCUGUCCCCAGGAAGUGAUGGACUGCUAUGGCCACUCCCCCUCAAUGACUCACAGCCCCAGCACCAACAGUCUUAGCAGUGAGGAGCCCUUCUGUCGUAUCUGCCACGAGGGAGGGGGUGUCGGGGAGCUGCUCUCCCCCUGUGAGUGUGCAGGGACGCUGGCCAUGGUCCACCGAGGCUGCCUGGAACACUGGCUCACUGCCUCCAACAGCAGCCGCUGUGAACUCUGCCACCACCAGUACGCCCUGGAGAGACUGCCCAAGCCACUCACUGAGG